AUGGACGCAAUUCGGGAAGUGAAAUAUCUCCAGGAGCUCUCCCAUCCCAAUGUCAUUGCGCUCCAUGACGUAUUCUCGUCAAAGGACCAGAAUCUCAACCUUGUCCUGGAGUACUUACCACGCGGUGACUUGGAGAUGCUUAUCAAGGACAGCGAUAUCCACUAUGGUGCUGCCGAUGUGAAAGCUUGGAUGGGAAUGCUUAUCCGCGGGGUCUGGUUUUGUCAUGAGAACUUUGUCCUGCAUCGUGAUAUCAAGCCAAAUAACUUGCUUAUUGCCUCGGACGGGGAAGUCAAGUUAGCUGAUUUCGGUCUGGCCAGAUCGUUUGCUGACCCUUAUAUGAACAUGACUCACCAAGUGAUCACACGAUGGUACCGACCACCUGAACUUCUGUAUGGUGCCCGCCAAUAUUCUGGCGCUGUGGAUAUUUGGUCAGUGGGAAUGGUCUUCGCAGAACUCCUUCUGCGAGUGCCAUUUGUCGCUGGCAAUUCGGAUCUUGAUCAAAUCAGCAAAAUUUGCGAAGCGUUCGGCACGCCAACCGAAGAAAGUUGGCCUGGUGUGUCGAAGCUGCCAAAUUAUAUUCCAGCAGAUAAUAACAUACCUUUGCAAGGCCGAGAGUUCUUCCUCAGGCAAUUCCCGACAGCUGGUCCUGUCGGCGCAGAUCUACUCAUGUCCAUGUGUACCUUAGAUCCAAGACGGCGGACCACUGCGCACCAAGCCCUUCAGCAUAGAUGGUGGACUACGGAGCCCAGACCGACAAAUAAACAGGACCUUCCACAAAAACCUGGCGGCACCAAAAAAAUGGGAGAUGAUUUGACAAGGCGUGGCGGAGAGCUUGAUGACCAAUUCAAAAAUGCUGCUCGGCAACUAGAUUUCGGUGCCAUAAAAGGGUAG